GCCUUCCACGGUUGCCAUGGAUUUGGAGGGCACUGAUGGGAGGGAAAGAGGCGAGUCGACCUCCUCUGUGGUGGUGUUCGACGUUUUCUGGGGUGGUGUUUGACGUUUUCUGUGGUGGUUGAGUGGUGUUCAACCUUCUCUUGGUAGCCGUUGUUCUGGUUUUGGGCUGUCUUUUCUCUCUCGGUGAUCGCUUUGUGGUGGCUGGGUCGCUGUGGGCACGUCGGCUCUCUCUGUGGUGGUGGUGAGGUGAUCCGCGACGUCUGUUGCCGUUUGUGCUGGGUGCUGGGCAGGUAUCGGUCUGCCGAGUCUUUGUGCUGGGCUGUUUACCUUUUGUUUUACUCUUUCGUGGACCUACGUACUUUGUCCGUGGGCUUUUCUCUUAUUUGUCUUGCGUGCUUGGGCCUCUUUUUCAUUUGGAAUUGGAAUUGAAAUGAUUUGGGCUUGCUGUUAUUUUUUUUGACUGCUUGGGCUGAUUUUUUAGUGGGCUUUCAUCAUGUCUAUUGAAAAUACUAUAGUACGGUCUAUUGGAAAUAAUUUUUCUACGUGGGCAUUUCAAUUUAAAAUGUUCUUGAAAGGGAAAGAAUUAUCCAAUCAUAUUGAUAGGUCUAUUCGAGUUCCCACUGAUGAAAAGGAAUUUGCCAAUUGGGAGGUCAAAGAUGCUAAGGUGAUCUCCUAUCUAUUGGGGAUGAUUGAGCCCCAUCUUGUCACCAAUCUUCGUUGUUUUACUACAGCUUAGGCUAUGUGGGACUACUUGCAUCAUAUUUAUCACCAAGACCACAGUGCUCUGAAAUUCCAAUUAGAGCUGGAAAUUAGCAACUACACCCAAGGUAAUUUGACCAUUGAGCAAUUUUAUUCUGGUUUUAUUAAUCUUUGGAGUGAGUAUUCUGCUAUUGUUCAUGCUGAGGUUCCCACCGCGGCACUUGCGGCUCUUCACGCGGUUCAUGCUGAGAGUUAAUGCGAUCAAUUUUUUAUGAAGUUUCAACCUGAAUUUGAGCCUGUUCGAGCCAGUUUAUUGAACCGUAAUCUGGUUCCUUUCUUGGAUAUUUGCUUGGGACAUUUAUUGCGUGAAGAAAAGCGGUUAUCCACUCAGAUGGGUAUGACUUAUGAGAAGGUCUUUUCUGAGGUUGUGAAUGUAGCCUAUGCAGCUCAAGGGAGAGGGAGGAACAAGUUGCAGUGUUUUAGUUGCAAGGAGUUCGGUCAUAUUGCUCGCAACUGUCCGAAGAAAGUUUGUAACUAUUGCAAGAAGGAGGGCCAUAUCAUCAAAGGCUGUCGAGUGCGGCCUCAGAAUUGCCAAUCCCAAGACUUUCAAGCUGCUUUUCGGCCCUCGUCUUCUUCUGCGCCCCCCAUUGUAAAUUCUGAUUCAUCUGUUCUCACACCUACCAUGGUCCAACAGAUGAUUCUGUCUGCUUUUACAGCUUUAGGCCUGCAAGGAUCAGGUGUUGGGGAUGGUGAUUGUGAAGGGGCCUAAAGAUGAUACUACAUUCGAGAAACAAAGUGCUUUAUUUGCUUUGGCAAUUUCUGACAUCGUGCUGAUAAAUAUGUGGUGCCAUGAUAUUGGUCGGGAGCAAGCUGCAAAUAGACCUCUUCUAAAAAUAGUUUUUCAGGUGAUGAUGCGUUUGUUUAGCCUCCGUAAAACAACUCUCCUAUUUGUCAUACGUGAUAAAACAAAGACCCCACUUGAACAUUUGGAGCCUAUUUUAAGGGAAGAUAUUCAGAAGAUAUGGGAUGCAGUUCCCAAGCCCCAGGCCCAUAAGAAUACUCGUUUUAAUGAAUUUUUCAACGUUGUAAUCACUGCUUUAUCGAGUUACGAAGAUAAGGAGGAGAAGUUCAAAGAGGAGGUUGCUCAACUGAGGCAGCGAUUUUUUCAUUCUAUUUCUCCAGGAGGGCUUGCGGGUGAUAGACGUGGGGUUGUUCCUGCAUCUGGAUUUUCUUUCAGCGCACAGCAGAUAUGGAAAGUUAUAAAAGAGAAUAAGGAUCUGGAUCUCCCUGCUCAUAAGAUAAUGGUUGCCACUGUCCGUUGUGAAGAGAUUUCCAAUGAGAAGCUAAGUCGCUUGACCUCCGAUAAGGGUUGGUUGGAAUUGGAAGCAGCUAUUCAAGCAGGUCCAGUAUUGGCUUUUGGGAAAAGGCUCAGCUCAAUUUUAGAAGCAUAUUUGUCGGAAUAUGACAUGGAGGCAGUCUACUUUGAUGAAGGUGUUCGAAAUGCAAAACGGCAGCAACUGGAGUCAAAGGCACUGGAUCUUGUGCACCCUGCUUACUCCACCUUGUUGGGUCAUCUGCGUUCUAAAGCACUUGAGAGUUUUAAGAAUAAACUGGAGCAGUCACUGAUCAAAGGAGAAGGUUUUGCUGCAUCCGUUCGUACUUGUACUGGCUCUUGUAUGCUUGAGUUUGACCAAGGAUGUGCAGAUGCUACCAUACGACAGGCUAAUUGGGAUGCUUCAAAAGUCCGGGACAAACUUCGUCGUGAUGUUGAUGCUCAUGCAUCCUCUGUUCGUAGUGAAAAGUUGUCUGAAAUGAUGGCCAAUUAUGAGAAACAACUUGCCCUAGCACUGACAGAACCUGUCGAAUCCCUACUCGAAGCGGGUCAGAAAGAUGCAUGGGCUUCGAUAAGAAAGCUUCUUAAACGUGAGACUCAGGUUGCUGUAUCAGAGUUUUCAGCUACCAUUGGUGGUUUUGAGUUGGAUCAAGCAACACUUGACAAAAUGAUGCAAGAUUUAAUGGACUGUGCUAGAAGCUUGGUGGAGAAAAAGGCAAGAGACGAUGCUGGGAAAGUUUUGAUCCGUAUGAAGGAUAGGUUCUCAACUGUAUUCAAUCAUGACAAUGAUUCACUGCCUAGGGUUUGGACUGGGAAGGAAGAUAUUAGAACUAUUACAAAGGAUGCACGUUCGGCGGCUCUAAUGCUUUUAUCUGUCAUGGCUGCCGUACGCUUGGAUGAGAAGCCUGAUAAGAUUGAAAAUUUACUUUUUUCAUCUCUCAUGGAUGGUACUCUUACGGUACCCUCUUCUCAAGAUAGGAGUGUUGGAGCACGUACAGACCCUCUUGCCUCAAGCACAUGGGAGGAGGUUUCCCCAAAGGAUACGUUAAUUACACCAGUGCAGUGCAAGUCUUUGUGGAGACAGUUUAAAGCAGAGACUGAGUAUACAGUUAGUCAAGCAAUUUCAGCACAGGAGGCUUUUAGGAAGAGUAACAAUUGGUUGCCUCCUCCAUGGGCGAUACUGGCUAUGAUUGUCCUUGGUUUUAAUGAAUUUAUGCUUCUUUUAAGGAAUCCUCUCUACCUCAUGGUUUUAUUUAUUGUAUUUUUACUGUCGAAAGCUUUGUGGGUACAGAUGGAUAUAGGUGGAGAACUUCAACAUGGCACUCUUGCUGGACUCCUUUCAAUUUCAUCAAGGUUUGUUCCCACCAUGAUGAACCUUUUAAGACGAGUUGCUGAAGAAGCUCAAGGGCGCUCAACACCUGAGAGAGAGAGACCAGGACCAUCAUAUUCUCAUACUUCUCAGGGUUUCAGGGUUCAAACUCCUUGGCCAAAACCCAAUUCAUGCACAGCUGAGUCCUCCGUAUCAUCUAAUAUUUCGUCCCCUGAAAGUGGGGUUGAAUACUCGAGCACUGGUUUGAUGCAUAGGCGAACUACCAACAUUCAAGAAGCAGAGUUUUCUUCAUGAAAUCACACUUCUGUAUGCUCUUUAUCAGAUUAAGAUAGCUGCUCCCUUGUGUAAUGUUUUCUUUUCUUUUUCUUUUCCACAUAUUCAUUUCUUUUCUAAAGUUCCCUUCUUUGCCAAAGAAAAGAGAAAUUGAAAGGACAAGGCAAAUAAGCAAAAAGGUUUGUGUAUAUACCCAUAAAAGGUGUUUUGAAAGGGGAGAGGAGUCGAAAUGUUUGUGUGUGUAUGUAUGUACAUGUGUAUAUACCCCAUAAAUAAGACGUGUUUGUUUUGGGGCCAAAAAACUCAAAAAGUCCUGCAUGAUAGAUUACAAAUAAUUAUUUCUGUUAAAUCCAAAGUUAGGGCCUUAAAUAAAAGACUGCUUGAUUAGGUGUUUGAGAUCA